AUGGCGAAGCCAGUCACCGCGAAUGAGGAAAUCAGGCGCGUUCCACCAGGCUGGAGAGUCAUGAAGACCGUCAAAACUGGCCGAGUACACUAUCAUCACCCGAGGGACGCCCCCAAUGGCACAUUUGUGCAUCCUGUUUUGGGCAAACUCCCACACGGGUGGCAGAUGGUCAAGGCACCAGGUUUGUACUUGUACUACAACACCGUAACACGAGAAACGACGAAAUAUAGACCAUCGCAGCCACUCUCUCAGCCAAGCGCGGCUCCGAAAGGAUCCGGGGAUUCAUCUGCUCAAAUUGUACCACGGAACGAUUCGAAUAGACCGGGUUCUAUUGCACCGCCUGUAGGCUUUGCCAAAGUCAGAGCAGGCAUGAAACUAGAGCGCAACACGAUUGCCAGCACUACCCUCGAAGACAAGUACGAUGUAGUCAAAAUCAUAGACCCGGGCGACGGAACAAAAGGAGGCAUGAAUGCCGGUAUCUUUGUAGUUCGCAAGAAAUGCACAAGCGAAUUGUUCAUACAAAAGAACUUCAAAUCCGACAACGAUUUCAUGAUCAGCUUGGUCAAAAAUGAAAUCAAGAUCAUGCGAGAGUUGAGAUGCAACUCUCUGGCCACGGUUUAUAUGGAAUUCUGCGACUGCGGCGACUUAGGCCAGCUCAUAUCGAGUUACAAAAAGCGCAAAAAGGCCGACCCCUCCUUUGCCGAAUAUAUUCCAGAGUCCUUCAUUUGGCACGCCUUUCUGGCGCUGAUCGACGGCCUACACUUUCUUGCCACGGGCUCCUCGUACCUAUCGAUAGACCUCAACCACGGAAAUAAUAAUUCAACAAACCGAGCUAAGAAGAUUGGUAAAGGGUCAAGUUCUUGGACGCCAAUUGUGCAUCGCGACAUUAAACCCGACAAUGUCAUGCUCAAGUCUCGCUCGACGCCGGGCUCCAGUAAGCCGCUCUAUGUCAUCUUGACAGACUUUGGCAUGGCGGAGCGUGAGGCAGUCGCCGCUGAAGGACCACCGUGGCUCGUGUACGGCACACCAGAGUACCACGCGCCCGAGCUCUGCUUUGCACCAUUCUUGACAACUUCCGACCAGCUCAAUGAGCUCGCAUCGCCGCAUACGCCCCGAUCCGAUAUCUGGGCCGUCGCCGCCAUCAUGCACGCACUAUGCGAGAGAAAUGUCCUCGGCCAUAGCAAGUCAACAAUCACUUUUACAUUCAACCCCGCAGGAUUGCUAACUGUACUGCUGCUAGUGGACAUGACCUGCUGGACCUUGUCGGACCCGGCCGAGCGAGAAUUGCGCUGGCGCGGUCGGGCGGCCCGCAAGCAAGUCUUGCAAAUCACUGAUCGGUCCGUCUACUCGGAUCGGCUCGAGUACUGUAUCAAGUACGCCGGCGACGCGGAUCCGAAGCAGAGGCCGGAUGCCCGAAUUCUCUUGCCGAGAUUACAAACGUACAUGGAGAUUUGGCGGGCGGAUCCGAACUGGAAGGCACAGACUAACAUCAAUUGCAAAUUGCCGGACUGGGCAGUAGAGAAGAGCGAUUUGGUUUGA